GGGGAGAGGCCUCCGAGUUGACUCAUUCAAAAAGAGAAAUCCUGACAGGGUGAUACAACUAUUAGUAUUGCAAAAUGAGAGAAAUAGUGCACAUUCAGGCCGGCCAGUGCGGCAACCAGAUUGGGGCCAAAUUCUGGGAGAUCAUCAUGCCGCAACACAGUCGCAAACCGGUCGGCACUACCGCGGCGACACUGGGAGAUCAUCUCGACCAACGGGCGCGGCGAGCAGCUGUCAACGUGUACUACAAUGAAGCGACCGGUGGCAAAUAUGUUCCACGUGCCAUCCUCGUGGACCUCGAACCCGGCACCAUGGAUUCAGUCCGGUCCGGUCCCUUCGGUCAGCUCUUCAGACCAGACAACUUCGUGUUCGGUCAGAGCGGAGCCGGCAACAACUGGGCCAAGGGGCACUACACAGAGGGCGCUGAGCUCGUGGACUCCGUUUUGGAUGUGGUCCGUAAGGAGUCCGAGGGAUGCGACUGCCUGCAGGGCUUCCAGCUCACACACUCGCUCGGGGGCGGCACUGGCUCUGGCAUGGGCACGCUGCUCAUCUCCAAGAUUCGCGAAGAAUACCCCGACCGUAUUAUGAACACAUUCUCAGUUGUGCCUAGCCCUAAGGUAUCCGACACCGUAGUUGAGCCCUACAACGCCACCCUGUCAGUCCAUCAGCUCGUAGAAAACACAGACGAAACUUACUGCAUCGAUAACGAAGCCCUUUACGACAUUUGCUUUAGGACCCUUAAGCUCUCGACUCCCACCUACGGCGACUUGAAUCACCUCGUUUCCCUCACAAUGUCUGGCGUCACCACCUGCCUGCGCUUCCCCGGCCAACUGAACGCUGACCUCCGCAAGCUGGCCGUGAACAUGGUGCCCUUCCCUCGACUUCACUUCUUCAUGCCCGGCUUCGCUCCCCUCACCUCCCGCGGCUCCCAGAUGUACCGCGCCCUCACCGUGCCUGAGCUCACCCAGCAGAUGUUCGACGCCAAGAACAUGAUGGCCGCCUGCGAUCCCCGCCACGGCCGCUACCUCACCGUCGCCGCAGUGUUCCGAGGCCGCAUGUCCAUGAAGGAGGUCGACGAACAGAUGCUGAACAUCCAGAACAAGAACUCCUCCUACUUCGUGGAAUGGAUCCCCAACAACGUGAAGACCGCCGUGUGCGACAUCCCCCCCAGAGGAAUCAAGAUGGCCGCCACCUUCAUCGGCAACUCCACCGCCAUCCAGGAGUUGUUCCGCCGCAUCUCAGAACAGUUCACCGCCAUGUUCCGUCGAAAGGCCUUCCUCCACUGGUACACCGGCGAGGGCAUGGACGAGAUGGAGUUCACCGAGGCCGAGUCCAACAUGAACGACCUGGUGUCCGAGUACCAGCAGUACCAGGACGCCACCGCCGAGGAAGAGUACGAGGACGAGGAGGAGCACGCCGAGGAGGCCUAAGACGUCUUCGGCUCGGCUCCUGAGGUCGCGACAGAGGACUCCCCCCCGGACGUCCCGGGACCUCCGAAGACGCUGUUGGUAUUCUCAUGCUUCGUACCUGCUUGUGUAAGAAUGUCGACGAGAACAACAAAAACAAGAUCUCAAAAGCCAAGGAGUUGUGUACUCACUUGCCUCUAGGUUGCUAAUUUUUUUUCCUUUUCCCUCAGAUCAUUUCCUUACCUCAUGUUUUUUAUUUGUCUUUGUGUUUCAUCUUUAGAUCGUUUCGUUUCGCAACAAAUUCGACGCAAUUUGUUGUAUACGGAGAACAAAAUUUAGAGAUAUAACGCACUCAAAUUAGUGUAAAUUUUCGAGAGGAGCCAAGUGGAAGAUUAUUCCAUGACACAACGUGCUAAUACACUGCCAAUUGACUCGUGAAUGAUGGUGUCUUUCACUUGCUUCACUCACACGAUCUUGGUCCAGAACAGGCACUAAAACUUCGCCUUGUUCUCGAACUUGCCUCAGCCGGCCGUGAUCCCUAAUUAACCUAAUCUAAUUAACGUCAUUAUUCAAAUCACAUCGCCCAGGUUAUAAAUAAUUCAUGAAAAUUCAAUAGUAAGGGACGCGUCUCUUAGGCUGAAAGUAUUAGAAAAUCAUUCAUUUUUUUUAUCUUUCACUCGUAACGGACUAAAGCUGUAAUUCUACUGAAAAUACAGUUUACUGCAUUAAUAUUAAGACUUGUGCCAUUUCAAUCGCAGUAUUAACGGUAAAUUACCCAACCCGUUUCAGAUUUUCGUGAUCCUAACCCUCAGCUUUCCAUAAUCGGUGUCUGAAGCGUAAUUUCACCGUACAAUUUACCUAAUUUUACCUCUUUCAUUAAGGCAAGUGAAGAGCAUCCGACUCAUGAUUUUAAACCCAAGACAUUUUUAAAAUAAUAAUAAAACUUGCGUCCCAUAUCGUUCUUCUGCCCUUACGAAUCACCUUUCAAGGGACAUGCCAUUACUUCUUUCUUGGUCCUGUAAAUCAUUUUAAUUUUUAUUUUCUAUUUCCAAUCAUUUCAUUUUUGUAGAAUAAGUAGGAGGACAGUAUUUUCAUCUUGAUUUCACCACUGCAGCUGUAUCUUUAAUAAAGAUAUUUGUAUGGUA